AUGACUAUGGACACACAGGUAGUUGCUCCUACACCUGAAGAUGUAACAAAUACUAAUGAAGUUGAAAAAGAACCAGAGAUGGUGAGACGAUACUUGAAGAAGCCUGUGAGUGCAGAUGCUGAAACUAGUAGGGGGUAUCAACCUGUGGUUCCCUAUUCUCCAAGAUUGGCAGCUGGCCAAAAGAAUAAAUACCACACUAAGAUUCAGGAGAUCUUCAAGCAACUGAAUGUAAAGAAGAAAGCUUUCCUAACGGAGCAAGUUAGUACAUUGGUAUUGAGCGAGACACCUCAGAAGUUUGGAGAUCCCGACUCUCCCAACAUUUCUAUUAUGAUCGAUGAGUCACGCAUUGGGAGAGCUUUACUUGAUUUGGGGAGUAGUGUGAACUUGCUACCAUUCUCAGUGUAUGAGCAGUUGGGAUUGGGUGAGUUGAAAAAGACCUCCAUCAUGCUACAGUUGGCUGACAGAUCAAUUAAGGAGCCGAGGGGUAUUGUUGAGAAUAUGCUGAUCCAAGUGGACAAAUUUUACUACCCAGUGGAUUUUGUAGUUCUUAAUAUGCAACAGCUAGCCACUACUAUUUACCAGGCGCCUGUCAGCCUUGGGUGCCCAUUCCUUGUUACAUCCAAUGCACUGAUAAAUUGUGGAAGUGGAGUACUAAAACUCACCUUCGGGAAUAUAACAUUGGAAAUGAAUGUGUUCAAUACUUGCAAGAUGCCUGGUGAUUGCGACGAGUCAGAGGUGCAUGCUAUUGAUCUGAUUUCAGAGCUUGAUGAAAUAAAGUGA